AUGAAGGAGAUCGACGCGCAUUUCGAUGCCUAUGAGCAUCUAAAACAUCUGCCUAAUCAGGCCGAGGCACUACACAUGCUCCGCAAGGCUGCUUCCAUGGUCAAACCGAUGAUGCGAAAGCGCGGUUGGAAAGUAGGAACACUAGCUGAAUUCCUGCCCGACGAGCCUCAAUUACUGGGUCUCAACAUCAACCGCACAGAGAGGAUCCUAAUCCGUUUGAGAUACCACCAUGACUCUAGGCAAUUUCUUUCAAUGGAGCAAAUCACAGACACACUACUCCAUGAACUAUCCCACAUAAUCUUCGGACCCCACAACGCCGACUUCAACAAUCUCUGGAAUGAACUCAGGGAUGAACACCAAUCGCUUCUCAUGAAGGGAUACACUGGCGAAGGCUUCCUCAGCCAAGGUCAGAAACUAGGCGGAAGGCGCAUACCGCUUGAUGAGAUGCGCCGCCAGGCCAGAAUUGCCGCCGAAAAGCGCAAUGCCACGACCACCCCUAACACAGGAGGACAUCGCUUAGGUGGAGCACGACCUGUACAGCGUGGCGUCGACAUGCGCAAGGUUAUCGCUGAUGCGGCAUCACGUCGAAAUAGCAUUACGGAUGGAUGCGCGAGUGGGAGCGCGAGUGCGGGAAGACUCGUCGACCAGCAAGAGCAGGAUGGGUUCCGAACCACGGCAGAACAAGACGAUGCUAAUGAUUGGGCGAUCGCUCAAGCGCUACAAGAUCUCAUGUAUGAUGAGGAGAUGCAGAGGUUAGGUGCGCCGACGGGGAACGGUGGCCUAGCUUGGGAUCCCCAGAAUGGAUUGUCUUUCGAUCGCGACCUUCCUUCCGGCACACAAAGUCCGUCGUCGUCGUCAUCAUCCGCGGGGUUAGCUUGGUCGAAAGAAGCCGGCCUUUCCUUCACCCCUUCGACAACAUCAACGACAUCAAUGACUGGCCAACCAUAUCCCACGCGAAGCACUUCGCAUCCUUCACAGGGCCAACCCCUGUCUCGACUAGUGACCCAACAACCACAACUACCAUCAUCAUCAAGGACGUCUUUCUCUCCAAACUCACGCCUCAUCUCGCAACACGAAGAACAGCAAUUGCGAGAUAAAAAGCUCCCACCUACCCCGCCACGCACAUCCCCCCUCGCUCCUCUUCACAUCCAACAACCCCCAUUCUCAGCCAACCACCCCUCAGCCACCCACAACUAUAAACUUGCCACCAAACACAUGGGCCUGUCCCCAAUGCACUUUACACAACCCCCUCGAAUUCCUCGCCUGCGAAGCCUGCGGCUUGGAACAACCACCGCAGCCCAUUCCCGAGAACCGUCGCUUUGCGUCCUCGCACAUGGGUGGGAGUGUGCCGAGUUUACCACGACCACCACCGCAGAGGGACUUGAGAGGUCCGGAUGCUACUACGCCGUUUGA